ACGUCCGUUCUAACAGGUUUUUUUUUUCCGUCAGACGUAACCUGGAAGUAGUUAGCUCUGGACCGGAAGACGAGGAGUAGCUGUGAGCUGGUAUCUGACUCGCCCUCCUUCCGCCAUGGCGUCUCUGGGAGGCAGCAGUCAGUCUAUCGGCGGGCAGUCUGCCACUGAAUUUGUCGUACGUGUCCCCAGGAACCCCAGUAAAAGAUAUAAUCUUAUGGCCUUCAAUGCGGCGGAUAAAGUUGACUUCUCUACAUGGAACCAGGCUCGCAUGGAGCGUGAUCUGAGCGCCAAGAAGAUGUUUCAGGAUGAGGAAAUGCCGGACUCUGGGGCUGGGAGUGAAUAUAAUCGCAAGCAGAGAGACGAGGCUAGACGCAGGAAGUACGGUAUUAUUCUGAGAGAGUUCAAGAUUGAAGACCAGCCCUGGAUGCUCAGGGUUAAUGGCAAAGCUGGGCGCAAGUUUAAAGGCGUGAAGAAAGGUGGGGUGACGGAGAACGCCUCUUACUUCAUCUUCACCCAGUGUCCAGAUGGAGCAUUCGAAGCAUUUCCAGUCUCUAACUGGUACAACUUCACACCAGUGGCCAAGCACCGCACCCUGACCGCCGAGGAGGCUGAGCAAGAAUGGGAGAGACGAAACAAAAUCCUUAACCACUUCACCAUCAUGCAGCAACGUCGUUUGAAGGACCAAGGGGUAGAUGAUGACGAGGAGGAAGGUGGCGGCAAGCAGGACAAGGGUGGCAAGAGUAAGAAAAAGAAGAAAAACGACCUGAAGAUUCAUGACCUCGAGGACGACCUGGAGUUGAGUUCCAGUGAGAGCGAGGAGAGCGGUGAAGAUGGAGAGCGUAAGCCAAAAGCUCCAAAGAAAAAUGCUCAGCGCAAGAAGGGUAAGAAGUCUCGAUCUGACGAUGAGGCCAUAGAGGACAGCGAUGAUGGAGACUUUGAGGGUCAGGAGGUGGAUUACAUGUCUGAUGGGAGCAGCUCUGAUGAGGAACUUCCUGGGAAACCAAAACCUGUGAAGGAGGAAGAGAAUCAUCCAAAAGGUAUUGAUGAAGGAAGUGAGAGCAGUGAGGAGAGUGAAGAGGAGAAGGUAGAGGAAGAGGAGGAGGAAGAGAAGAAAACGCCUACACCCCAGGAGAAGAAGAAGAAAAGAGACAGCAGUGAUGAAUCGGACACGUCUGAGGACAGUGAAAUAGAUGGAGAGGCCUCCUCUGCUCUCUUCAUGCAGAAGAAGAAGACUCCUCCAAAGAAGGAUAAAAAAGGAGGCUCCAACAGCAGCUCCCGCGCCAACAGCCGACCUGGCACCCCCUCUCCUGACUCGGGGAACACGUCUAACACCCUCAGGGCUGCAGCCAAUAAACUGGAGCAAGGUAAACGUGGUGCUGCCAAUCACACUCCGGCCGCCAAGCGUCUGAAGAUGGAAUCUGGACCUCAGAGCACAUCAGGAAAAUCGACUCCACAGCCCCAGUCUGGAAAGUCCACGCCCAGCAGUGGGGACAUUCAGUUGACAGAAGAAGCAGUUAGAAGAUAUCUGACCCGGAAACCCAUGACCACAAAGGAUUUACUGAAAAAGUUCCAAACCAAGAAGACCGGCCUGAGCAGUGAGCAGACGGUGAAUGUGCUCGCCCAGAUCCUGAAGAGACUCAACCCCGACCGCAAGACAAUACAUGACAAAAUGCACUUCUACCUGAAGGAAUGACCCCGGGGCUGCUGUACCAGUGGCACAUACUACAGGACUGGCGCACAACCUGUGAGCUCAGAAGGGCAAAGGACAAGCGAGAGGCUUUAGAUCCUGUGACACAGGAACGUGUGACAUUUUUUGAUUUGUAGUAAGGAUUAUUAAGUAUUUGUGGUUAUUGUUUUUUUAUUACUUUGAGUAUUAAAAUGAGAUCUUUUUAGGUAA